AUUAACAAAUACAUAUCAAUAUAUCAUACAUUAAUACAAGAUGGCUGCUACAUUGAAACCAGACCCACAGUUCCUGAAGUUCAACGCUCUUAAGGAAAGCUACGGUACCUACUUCCGUUUCACUCCAAGAUCCAUUGGAUUUACUGUCUUGAUGAUGGGUAUAAUUCCAGCAUCUUUGACAUACUUUGCUUACGCUACUGAAGGGCAAAUCAACCAUGUUAGAAAGUUCAGACAAGCCAAGGUAUUGAGCGGCGAAGAAUACGUCCCAAGAGCCAAGGACUUGUAAGGUUGAUGAUUGGAGAGAGAAAUAUAAUAAACGGGAAGGGAUAGAACCCUGACCCA